GAAAAAACAUCAAAUACAGCAGAAACAUCUACAACUCCAGAUGACAGUACAACAGAGCUUUCUGCUUUAACGUCAACAGAUCCUGCUGCAACUACAGCUGACACCACUCUUGUGACAGAAGACAGUGCAUCUACGCCAAAUCCAGCCUCAACUACAGCUGAUUUCACAACUACAAAAGAAGUUAUAACAACAACAACAAGAUCUACUCCGUCAAUGACCAAAACCACAACUGUCAAACCUAUUCAGUGUGAAAAUGGUGGAACUCCACAACCAGACAACAAGGCUUGUUUGUGUCCAAAAGGUUUUACGGGGAGACAAUGCAGUACUGUUGUAACUGAAAUUGUUCCAGAUGUCCUUGAAAGGACAGUCAAUAUUACGAUGGAAAUAAAUGAAACAUUUACAGAUGACCAUAAAAACACAUCAUCAGAUGCAUAUCAAUUUUUUUUUAAAAGAUUUAACGGAACAGUGGUAAACUCUUAUAAAAAAGAAAUACCCAAUUUUUUGCGUGUGGAGAACAUAAUUCUAAGUGCUGGUGAACCAUUACCAGGUAGUCAAAGAAGAAAAAGAAGCUUGCCUUUGAAGGAAACUAAAAGUGAUAUGGCUAGUCUGAAAGUUGAGCACGAUAUCCUUCUUAACAUUGAAAAUGUCAAAGACCCCACAUAUACUUAUGAAGAUAUUGUCGAGAAAGUGAAAGGCGUUCUUGAUGACAUAAAAAACAAUUCAGCCUCAGAAUUGGUUUUAAAUAAAGCCACUGCAUCAAAGACUGAUCUCAAUGUCAAAGAGGUGUGUAUCAAGGCACUGGAAGGAAUUCAUGAAGAUUACCAAAAAUAUUAUGAACCAAUUAACCUGGAUGGCAAAGUGGAAUGUGUGACUCCAUGCAAUGGAUUUCAUAGUAAUGCAACGAUUUGUGAGAACCUCGGCACCUGUGAAAUUUCUUCUCAGGGCCCAACCUGCUAUUGCCGCUACAAUGAUGACUUCUGGUACUUGGGAGUGGAUUGCAGUUUACAGGUGCACAAAAUUGGAUUUUAUGCUGGAUUGGGAUCAGUGGCAGCCAUAGCGGUAUUAACUGUAGCAUUCCUGACAGCUUAUCUAAUUAUAAACAAACGGACGGUAAAGAGGAACAAGGACAUUAAGCAAGAGCUAGUGAAAGAAUGGUUAGAGGAUGACUUUGAAUGGCCACCACAAAAGAAAACAUCAUACACAGCUGACCGAUAUGAUAACCCAGUAUACUCACCAGGAGGCAGACAUACACAGGACAGUUUUGGAAACUAUAAACCAUAUUUCUCUGCAAAUCAGUCUUACACCCAGAAUUUCUCUCCUGAACCUAGUAUUGAUCUCCGGUAUCUUCAGAGGGAUCAGUUUAUGAAAAUGGACAGACCUCACAUCCGUUCAUCUUUUGAAACUUAAUAUUCUAUGUGUUUGGAAACACAAGCAUUACACCUUUGUAUGACAUACUGAAUGUAUCUAUUGUUUGUUUUUAAAAUACAGUCUUGAUCCAUCAGAACUUAAUCAGUUGCUGAGUAUUGUAUUUAUAACCAUACAAUUUAGCAGUUGUACAAUUCUGCACAUUUUCUGUUCCUCAAUGUGUGUAAUAUAAUCUGACCAUAUUGUGUUAUAUCCCAUGAUAUGAUGAAGAGAAGCAGUAGAACUUCAGAUAUGCCCUGCUUAUCUUCGGAUAUGUUAUUAAAAUAAUCAAUGUAGUAAAGUUAGAUAUCUUGUAGUUAU